UGCUUAAUUGCGAUAAGGACGCCACGCCUAAUAACUCAGGUUAAAAAGGUUCAUGGGAUUGGAAAUGACGAUUGACCAGAACCAUCACAGCUACAGGGAGAGUUGAAAGAUUUAGACGACAAUCGAGAUGGAGAAGGCCAGGGAGUUUUUGAAUCUGAGCAAUGAAGAAUCAGAGAGCGUGUCCUCAAUCAAGUUUCACCCUCACCGACCAUGGAUUGAACGCAGUUUCUAUGAAGAUUUUUCUAUUAGAGGAAUCCAAGUUGACCGGAUUGAACCCGGGUUCAUCUCUACCACUUUCAAGGUCCCUCCUCGCCUCACUGAUAGAAAUGGGAAGUUAGCAACCGGGGCAAUUGCAAACCUCGUUGACGAAGGAGGUGCUGUAGUUGCCCAAGCUGAGGGUAUCCCUUUUCUUGUCUCCGUGGAUAUGUCCAUCUCUUUUCUUUCCACUGCAAACGUUAAUGAUGAAUUAGAGAUUACUGCGAGGGUUUUAGGACGAAAUGGAGGCUAUGCUGGAACAAUUGUUCUUGUGAAAAACAAAGCAACAGGGGAGUUAAUUGCCGAAGGUCGACACUCCCUGUUUGGCAAACAUAAUAGCAAAAUGUGACUGUAUUGAGUUUUGCUUGAAGUUUAGGGUGCAGAUUAUACUUCACUACAAGUACGAUGGUAGACAAGAGUAUGUCAAGCAUAUUUAUCUUCCCAGUAAUUAUCUACAUAAAUACCUGCAUGUUGCCAAUAAGAUGAAUUUCUGUAACUUGCUUUGAUUUCGGUUUGUCAUUCAUUUUGAUGUUGAAAUCUUGAUUGUCAAGCUUGAAAAUGGAUGGGUUUUUUGCUUGGAAAAUGGGUGCCCCGUGCCUCAUGAUUUGCAGAGGAAGACUAGAUUUCCGACCAUUGAGCAGUAAAUUUACUAGGGCUGUUCCAUGCUCAAACCAGUUAAAUUAGUGUUUAGAGCGGCAGUACUAAAAAUCAAACGUCGGAGAUGUAAAACGAAGCAACAUUUUUGGUUCCUGUCCCAUUUCGAUUAUGGAUUGGUCGCCAUUCAUGGAUAA